AUGCGCAGCUUCGGGACCUACGCAGCGCUUCUGCUCUCGCUCUCGGCGGCCUCCAUCGGCGUCGUCGGCGCGGCGACGUGCUCCACCAUCCAGCCCAACACCGACUACUUUGGCAACGACAUCAAGUCGACGUCCCAAGCGAGCCCCAGCAAUUGCUGCGGGGACUGCGCGGCCACCCCGGGGUGCAUCCUCUAUGUCUGGACGAGCCAGAGCGGUGGCACGUGCUACCUCAAGAGCGCAGCGGGCACCUCGUCCAACAAGCCGGGUGCGCAGGCGGCGUUCCUCGUGCCUAGUACGUGCAACAACUUGCAGCCCAACAUCGACUACUUUGGCAACGACAUCAAGUCGACGUCUCAAGCGAACCCCAGCAACUGCUGCAACGACUGCGCGGCCACGCCCGGGUGCAUCCUCUACGUUUGGACGAACCAGAGCGGCGGCACGUGCUACCUCAAGUCGGCUCAAGGCGCGCCGUCCAACAAGCCGGGCGCACAGUCGGGGUUUCUUGGCACGACACCGACACCGACGCCAACACCGACGCCAACACCGACACCAACGCCAACGCCAACGACCUGCACCAACUACCAGAGCAACAUCGACUACCCCGCCGACGGCCGCUAACUGCUGCAACGACUGUGCCGCGACCCCCGGCUGCGUUCUCU